AUGCUUCUUACAGUUUCUAUAUGUGCUACAGCACUUAUUGGAGAUUACAUUGUAUUCAAAUCAAAAUAUUCAGAUUCGCAGGCGUUUCGUGCAUUCUCGGAUAGUAGUGUUCAUGCAAGCAUCGGUUUCCUAUCCGCUCUAAUUUUCUUCAGCUACGACAUAGGUCUUACCGAUCAAGCGCGAGCCUACAACAUAGCAUUUUGUACAUUACUCUCUUCAAUAAUAGACGUGGACCAUUUUAUUGCUGCUAAGUCAUUCAGAUUAAAGGACCUAACACACCUUAAACAAAGAGGAAUUUUCCACUGCACAACAUUCUGGUUCAUUCUGACUGCAAUGCUUCUCGUAUAUGCUUCUAUAGCAAAGAAAUUAAAUGUAUACAUCCUAGCAUUUAUGAUAAUAAUAGCCUUUACAAGCCACCAUAUGUAUCAUGUCAUUCGCCUCUAUGCGACUGGCCAUCCUUCGUGGAGGAGUCCAGGUUGUGAUCUCGGAGACGCACUACCGGCUUCGGUUCGCGAGCUCUCGGCUGCCAAGUGCAGCGCCGUCAGCACGUACUUGGGGCCGAUGACAAUCGCGCCGCAGCUGAACGAGUACGCCCCUUCAUCCUUCGCCCAGCCUAUCGCGACCUGGAAAAAAAAGAACAGGAAC